AUGUACUUCUCCUUUAGUCAGACAAAGCUUCCACGUGCUUUGGUGACCUUAAUCAUGUUUCAGAUUCAGGAUGACCCUGAUCGGCUACGGCUCGCCCUUCGCCUUACCAUAUGUGAGUACGACUGUCGGCUUGCUCGGAAUGAUGCAGUCUUGAGGUGCGGGAAGGGAGGAAGAGACGGCGGCGACGGUCGUUUUGGUGGAAGAGGAGGACGAUUUGGUGGUGGCGGCGGUGGUGGACGAUUUGGUGGUGGCUGUGGUCGAUUUGUGUCUCUCCGCUACAAGCUUCUCGGUGGUCUUGCUGUUCGUAGGAAGGAAGUAAAGACAACGGGGAAGAAUGAGGAGCAUCAUUUGUGGAAGAAGAAUGAAUCUGCUGGGUCAGGGCAGCAAGCAAACUCUGUUGGAGCACAACAUGAGAGACUUGUUGAUAGAUUCAGAGAUACCAUUCAAGAUGCCUCAGGGUUUGGUCAGAGGAACUACCUACCAGUGUGUUUGCAAGAUCAGAUGGUAGCUCAUUUGUGCUUGAGGUACAGAACAGAUUUAGAAGAGUAUGAUGAUGGAGAAGGUGAAGGCUUCAGAUCUUUUGUUGCUGUGGAGAGCUUGAACAGAGGUACUGAAUCUGGAACUGAAGAAGACCGGAUCCCAAACCCUGACCACGACUUGAGCAAACCCAAAACCUUCAAGGGAAAAUUACUCCAAGCCAAAGCAGUAACAAAGACUGCGAAAGCGCACAAACGAGCGCAACAAAGAACACUCGACCACACCAACCCCAAGACCAGAAACUACUGCAAACCACAGAGCGACAGAGGAAAGCCAGCACAACAACAAAGGCUCCAAAACCGAACAGAGACUCCCACCUCCUCGCAAGAGAAGACUUGUAGAUCGGAAACCGCUGCAUCGUCAAAGAACCCACACCCAAACAAAGAAGAAAGGGAGAAUGAGCCAAGUAGAUACCUCCACAGCAAGAACUUUUCACAGAGGCGUCCCGAAAGCAAGGCCAAAGACUGA